AGAGGUCUGAAAUCCGAGAUGCCUCGCAGCCUGGACUUGGUGAGGUCCCAGUAAAAGCAGCUCGCCUGCUAGCCCUCUCCCUGAGCAGUCACUCCGUUGCAUUGGCCUGGGCAGCAUGGAGCUAGCCCCCUGGACUCACACAGGACUCGCACUCCUCCAGCUCCUUUUCAUCUCCUGCUUGCCAAGAGAAUACAUGGUGAUCAAUGAAAACUGCCCUGGAGCUGAAUGGAAUAUCAUGUGCCGGGAGUGCUGUGAAUAUGACCAGAUCCAGUGUGUCUGCCCCGGCGGGAAAGAAAAAGUGGGCUACACCAUUCCCUGCUGCAGGAAUGAGGAAAAUGAGUGUGACUCCUGUUUAAUCCACCCGGGCUGCACCAUUUUUGAGAACUGCAAGUCCUGCCGCAACGGCUCCUGGGGUGGAACGCUAGACGACUUCUACAUCAAAGGGAUCUACUGUGCGGAGUGCAGAGCAGGCUGGUAUGGAGGGGACUGCAUGAGAUGUGGGCAGGUUCUUCGGGCUUCCAAGGGUCAGAUUUUGCUGGAGAGCUACCCACUGAAUGCACACUGUGAAUGGACCCUUCAUGUUAAACCUGGGUUUAUCAUCGAAUUAAGGUUUGCCAUGCUGAGCCUGGAGUUUGACUACAUGUGCCAGUAUGAUUAUGUGGAGAUCCGGGAUGGGGACAAUAUAGAUAGCAGGAUAAUUAAACGUUUCUGUGGCAAUGACAGGCCGCCUCCAAUCCGAAGCACUGGGACCUCACUCCAUGUUCUCUUCCAGUCUGAUGGAUCCAAGAACUUUGAUGGGUUUCAUGCUAUCUUUGAAGAAAUUACAGCUUGUUCUUCAUCUCCAUGUUAUCAUGAUGGAACAUGUAUUCUUGAUAAAGUUGGUGCCUACAGAUGUGCUUGUCUGGCAGGCUAUACCGGGAAUCACUGUGAAAGCUUGGUGAUGUGUAGGACUCCAGGUGCUCCCGCUCAUGGUAUUGUGGAAGGAGAUGACUUUAAAUACGGGGCCCAGGUUUACUUCAAGUGCAACGCAGGUUACAACUUAAAAGGGAGCCGUGUUGCCUACUGUCAGCUUGAUGGGAGUUGGUCAACACAUCAUCCUGAAUGUGUUCUACAAGAAAAAAACUGCUCAGACCCUGGUGGCCCAUUCAAUGGCUACAGAAGAGUGGUGGACGACACUGGGCUAAUGACCGGACGCUAUGCAAAAAUCGGCACAGUCAUUGCUUUCUUUUGUAACAACUCAUAUGUUCUUAGUGGUAAUGAGCAGAGGACCUGCCAAGACAGUGGAGAGUGGUCAGGGAAACAACCAAUCUGCAUAAAAGCCUGCAGAGAGCCAAAGAUCUCUGACCUGGUGAGACAGAAAGUGCUUCCAAUGCAGGUUCAGUCAAGAGAGACGCCUUUGCAUCAACUCUACUCUUCUGCAUUCAGCAAACAGAAGCUUGAAAUAUAUCCAACCAAGAAGCCAAUGCUGCCCUUUGGAGAUCUGCCUCCAGGGUACCAGCAUUUGCACACUCAGCUUCAGUAUGACUGCAUUUCUCCCUUCUACCGCCGCCUGGGAAGCAGCAGGAGGACCUGUCUGAAGACAGGAAAAUGGAGCGGGCGGGCUCCCUCAUGCGUUCCAAUCUGUGGAAAAACGGAAAACAUCACUCUUCAAAAGACUUCAUCUAUCAGAUGGCCCUGGCAAGCAGCCAUCUAUCGGAAAGCCAAUGGGGUAAAGGAUAUCAGCCUCCGGAAGGGGGCGUGGAUCCUGAUCUGCAGUGGGGCCCUGGUGAACGAGCGCACCGUGGUGGUGGCAGCUCACUGUGUCACUGACUUGGGGAAGAUCACUGUCCUCAAGACAGCGGAACUCAAAGUGGUCUUGGGGAAAUUUUACAGGGACGACGACCGAAAUGAGAAGACCAUCCAGAACUUACGGAUUUCUGCCAUCCUAGUGAAUCCAAACUAUGACCCCAUAUUGCUUGAUUCCGACAUGGCCAUCGUAAAACUCCUGGACAAAGCCAAAAUCAGCAGCCAUGUUCAACCCAUUUGCCUGGCAUCUGCUCAUGAUUUGGACCCAUCCACAGAGGAUUUAAGAAUAGUGAUUACUGGCUGGAAGAUACUCGCUGACAUUAAGGAUCCCAGCUACAAGAAUGAUACAAUCCGCAUGGGAGCUGUUCAGAUGGUGGACUCGCUGUUGUGCGAGCAGCAAUAUGAGGAUAAUGGAAUCCAGGUCAUCAUCACUGACAGCAUGUUCUGUGCCAGGCAGCACCCCACUGCCUUUUCUAACAUCUGCCCUGCUGAGACUGGAGGCAUUGCAGCCAUAACUUUGCCAGGAAAAGCGUCUCCUGAGCUAAAAUGGCACCUGAUGGGAUUAGUGAGCUGGGGUUACGAUAAAACUUGCAGCCUAGAACUCUACACUGGCUAUACCAAAGCAAUUCCAUUCAAGGACUGGAUUGAGAAGAACAUGAAAUAAAAAGCUGGGUCUGGAAAUGGCGUUUUAUAAGUUUCGUAGUUUCUCUCACAAUCUCUACUGCUUUAGGCUUCUCUUCCCACCGAUGAGCCACAUUUGGGAUACAGUUAAGGCAGAUGCCCUGACAAUUUGUCAUAGGCUCCGCUGUUCAGUGAGGCCACUUUACUUACAGGCUCUCUCUGUGUGAGGAGUUUCAACAUAUCUCAGCCUGCCUGUCUCCCUGGGUGGGAAGAUGGUGCUUGGCUCCUGAGUCUGACACCCAUAAGCAGGACAACUGGUAAUGGCUGAAUUCAGUCUGUGG